AUGUCAAAUUAUGAAACGUCGAAUAAAGUUUGUUUCGAAUGCUCUGGCAAACAAAAAAAACGCUCAUGUUCAUGUCAAGGAAAUGUGAGUUGUCUGGAUCGAAUUGAAGGCGAUGGUUUACGUUUGAAAGGGAAAAUAUUACCUGAAUCGACACCCGUCCCUUGCCAAUGUAUCGAAGAAGAAGCGUGGAAUAAAAAUAUCCCUCCAAAACCAAAUUGCGAAUGGUUGAAUAGUUUUAAGGAACUUCGUCGUCAAUGGAGCAAUCACAGUCGACAGCAGCAAAAUUGCAAAUGUUACGGUUGUAAUUCAUACAGAUGCCAGUCCUGUUUGUUAUCCUCCUACACUGGUGGUAAUGUUUUAUCGCCAACAGUUCGUCAGAAUGAUUCCUUCAAAGUUUGCCCACAAGGAUCAAGAUCAAAAGACAAAUCAACAUCAACUUCUAAAUGUUCAUUAUCACCGAAUUAUAAUUCUCCAGUGACGAAUUUUCAAAAUUCACGAAAUUAUCAAUCACAGCACGGCAAUAGAUCAAAUUCACCACGACGAUCAAUAUUGAGAAAAGGACAAUGCUUCACUCCAGAAUGUUGCUUCUGUCAUACAGCGGCAAACGCUUGUAAUUGCGCCUCAUCUGUAAGGGAGAAUUCAGAAAGAGAUUAUUAUUCCGAGUAUUCACGAGAACGUAAAUUUCCACGAAAUAAUAGCGAUUCGACAGAGAAAUUACAUGAAAAAUGUCAAUUACAAGAUGAAAAAUAUCUCUGCUAUAAAUGUGAGCCGAGUUCAUUACCAUCGUGCGGUCAGUGUCCAGCAACAAGUUGUUGCAGAGAAGAUUCAGAUUCCUCCUCAAGUCGUUCAAAAUCAGCAACUCCUUCGAAAUCCUCUCGUCACAAGACGUCGGACAAUUUUUUUCAAGAAACCCACGUACCUAAAAAUCAUCUCGGCGGUCAUAAUAGUUCAGGAACAUUGACAGAGGUAAUGAAAGAUGAAUCGUGUUGCUGUUAUAAUUUGAAAAUUAGCGAAAACAGGAGAGAAUUUAUCAAACAAAGAUGUCAUAAUUCUAAACAAAAUUCACUCUUACCGAAAAAUUGUUUCCAAUGUCCAAUGUGUUCAUCUGUUCUCUCCUCUAUUGUCUGGAAAUGUCCAACGAUUAUUUCGCCGAAAUCAUACAAAUCCAGUAAGUUCGACGUCAAAGUGGAAAACAAUUCAAAAUUCAAAGUCCAUCCUCAGAAUUCGAAUUAUGAUUUAAAUACGUCAAUUAGUUGCACUGAAACAUGUAAAAUAGACGUAAUUUCCGGACAAGAGAAAUAUGACAAUGAAAAAGUGAAAUUUCACAAAGAUUACAACAAUGAAGAGAAGAAAUUCGAUAGAAAAUCAAAUUAUUCGAAAAAAGAUUUUAAAAAUUAA